UUCCCAGACGGACGCUGGGACGUUACGUAACCUCCGUAGAUGCAUUAUGGGUGAUUGAUUUUUCUUACCUUGUUUUAUCAAUGCAAACCAACUCACCGUGGCUGAUUUUGGAACUACAACCAAACUGGCACGGAAGUGAAGUAAUUAAAGGUCACAGUUCAUUUGGUGUCAACACAUGUGCGUCCUCCGUAGCCAUGCUUUUUGAGAUAUAAAACGUUUAAUUUUAGUUAUUUGUGGUUAUCUUUACAUAUAAAAAUGCCAAGAGACAUAUCGCCCUCAUCAAGCGAAGACGAAGCUGACAAUAACACUACAAAAUCACCCGUAAAGCAAAAAGACUCCGAUAAGAAGACCACCAGGUACCAGUGUCCUGCUGACUUUGUGUCUUUCUGCCAUAAGCCUUGCAGCAGCACUCUUACAGAGAGUCUGAAGAACAACAAGGAUGAGUUAUGGCUCAUUAAAGCGCCAGCCAACUUUAAUCCAGAAUGUUUCAGUGGCAUCAAGGUACCACUGUCAGGUCUCCAGACCCUGAAGGUUCCUGCUGCUGCAGGUGCAGCCAAGACAGUGAAUGGCCAGCAGAUCUACAGCAUAUUGGCAUCCACCCACGGUACCUCAGAGCUCUGCUUGCUCACCAGUGACAAGCAGUCAUCCGAUGAUGUGGUUUUUGGCCCCACUUUUUCAGGCCUGCUAAAUGUGUGUGAGAGCUAUGGAGACAGCAGCGCCAACCAGGCACCCCAGGUCAUCCCUGCUGCUCCAGCACCCUCCAUACCGCCGGGGCUGAAACAGCGAUUCCACCCCUUCGGCAGUAAGACCCCCACGCUGACCUGCGUGGCAGAGAGUGAGGUGGAUGGAGCCGCCUUUGGGCCAUCAUCUACAACUCUCCGCCCCCUGGUAGUCAAACGAUUCAUAGAAGAAACAUGGCAGAAGGACGAAGAGGAGGAAGGCAGGAAAAAGAAGAAGAAAAAGAAGAAGGAAAAGCGAAUAAAGACAGAGCAAGACGAGGAGGUGGAGAAGCUGGUGAGAGUGAAAGUGGAACCUGUAGGUGAAAAUCAAGAUGAAGUUAUGAUGGAGCUCCCCUUUGAGGGGGAAGACAUUUUGGAGGAGAAGAGGAAGAAGAAGAAGAAAAAGAAGGACAGGGAGCGAGAGGAGGUGGAGGAGGGCGUGGAGCCCAGUGCGAGGGUGAAGGAGGAAGCAGUAAUAGUGAAAUGUGAACCAAUAGACACUUUGUAUGGGGAUGUAGGGGAGGGCUCGGGGAAAAAGAAGAAAAAGAAGAAGAAAAGCAAAACUGAUGACGACUAGUAUGUUGUGAUUUUGAUGGGUUUUGUUCCUUUGUUUAUUUUUGACCUUAUGAACCCGACUUGGAGCCAAUUUACUAAUCAAUCUUAAUAAUAGAUUGCAUAAUACAAGGCUGUCUUUGGCAGGACAUUGCAUUCAGAAAAAAAGAACACAUCCUGGAUCAAUUGACUAGUGACACGAAUUAUGAAGUGGAUUCAUUGCAGCAUCUUUAAGGCCAAUGUUCCUAUAAUUUUGAGCUCAGAAAGUGACAGUUUUACACACAAAGAAUGUAUGUAGCCACAGGCAUCUAUGAGUACAUGGGUAGUAAGAGUGUACAUAGGGGGAAUUUCUGCCAGUGUCUGUCAAAUUGCGGGAGACUUUAUGGGAUUAAGCUCACACUGUGUUGCUAUGCUUGUGUACAUAUUUACACAACUGCACUGGUGACGUCUCUGGUUUGGCAUCAGGAUCAGAAAUCCAGAGGUGAUAUAAAGACAGAAUAAUGGUUCAUUGUCACAUAAUGUUAUUAUUUUUUGAGAAUUUGAGUCACGUAUUGGAGAAUUUAUUUGUCUGCAGGAAAACACAUGUUACAAAAUCAAUUCCAAAAGUGAUUAAAGGAAAUUAAAUGAAAA